AUGACGGACGAUUACUUCAACCUAGGCUCGUACGGCCGAACCGUAACGACCAACUCCUCCGACGCCCAGCUAUGGUUUAACCGCGGACUGGUUUGGUCCUACUCCUUCAACCAUGAAGAAGCCUCCCGCUGCUUCAUUAAAGCCAGCAAGGCCGAUGAAAGUUUGGAUCUGGCCACAACUAUCACGGAAAUGAAACCCGUACUCCAACGCGCCCGGGCUCUGGCAGCACAAGGGGCGAGUCCGGCCGAAAGGGCCUUGGUUGAGGCCUUGGGGGCUCGGUUUCCCAGAGAUGAUGUGGAAACGAAGCCAGAGGAUCUGGAUCUUCAUGCGUUAGAUCGUGCUUAUGCAGACGCCAUGCGACCCGUCUACGAGGCUUAUCCGGAGGACCCUGAUAUCGUGGCUCUCUUUGUAGAGUCACUCAUGUGCAUAUCCCCGCGGGCUCUGUGGAAUCUUGACACCGGCGAGCCCUGCGGUCCCCACACGACUGAGGCUCGUCGGGCCCUGGAGAAGGCUAUGGCCUCCCUCCCCGAUGCCAGUAACAAUCCUGCAUACUGCCAUCUGUAUAUCCAUCUCAUGGAGAUGGCGCCGUAUCCGGAGGUCGCACUACCAGCUGCGGAUCGACUUCUUCGACUCGUGCCAGAUGGUUCGCACAUGCUGCAUAUGCCUAGCCAUAUCUAUGUCGCUUGUGGUGACUACCGAGCGGUUAUUGAUUCGAACAACCAGGCCAUGGCUGUCGACGACAAAUACUUUGCCAGAGAGCCCGGCACCCUCUUGUAUAUCAUGUACCGAUCGCACAACAUUUACGUAAAGGUCUAUGGUGCAGUCAUCUCUGGGAAUUUUGCAGAGGCCAUCUCCGGCAUGAAGCGUCUGCAGGAAAUCCUCACCCCCGAGCUCUUGUCUAUAACCACUCCUCCUAUUGCGAACUGGGCAGAAGGGUUUCUGGGAGCCAUAGCCCAUGUCUUGAUUCGCUUUGGACGGUGGAAUGAUAUCUUAGAUCUACAGCUCCCCGAGGAUAAGGAGCUAUACGCGUCCACGACGGCGAUGAUCUACUAUGCCCGCGGCAUUGCUUUGGCGGUAUUGAAUCGCGUAGACGAAGCCCAAGAAGAAAGGAAGAAAUUUGAGGCUGCUCGCAAAAAGGUCCCCCCAUCUCGCUUAAACAGCCUGCCAGUUCGUGAGGUGGACGUCCUUGAGAUCGGAUCGGCUAUGUUAAAAGGAGAGAUCGAGUAUCGCCAGGGCAACUUUGCAGAGGCAUUCGAUCACUUGCGACAAGCGACAAAGUUGGAGGAUAACCUUGUCUACGCUGAUCCUCCGCCAUGGAUGCAGCCUGCACGACAUGCCCUCGGGGCUCUGCUUCUCGAACAGGGUCACGUUAGUGAAGCACAGCAUGUGUAUGAAGAGGAUCUGGGGUUGAGUGAAACCCUCCCGCGUCGGAAGGCAAGAUUGAACAACGUCUGGAGUCUGCAUGGCUUGUAUGAGUGUCUGAUUCGGCAGGGGAUGCAUGACAAGGCUCGGUAUAUUCGUGCUCAACGCGACGUUGCGCUGGCUUCGGCGGAUGUUCCUAUCAAUGCUUCAUGUUUUUGUCGUCUUUCGGCGGUUGAGUCGACCAAUGUUUGCUGUAAACGACUAAAGCAUGAUCUAAGGGGACCUGAGAGACGACGACAGAGCGACCAGCCACCCUCUUCAAAACUGAUUGAAUUAUUGCCUGAUCGUCCUCUAGCCGAAUACCUGAUGCGAUCGUACUUCUCAACCUUCGAGACAACAUUACGCAUACUGCACGUCCCAUCAUUCAUCAGCGAAUGGAAUGCUUUUUGUGAUCGGAGCGUAUCCCACGCUGACAGAUUGCUCAAUAACAAGUCUGAUAUCUUUAUCGCAAAACUCCUGAUGUUAAUGGCAUGCGCCAGCUGCUUCGCCACCGAGAAGACAGAACCACUGGCAUCCGCGGGCUUCAGCCCGCAGUCACUGAUACAGACAUGUCAUACUUGGAUCGCAGCAGUCACCACAUGGCUAGCAGCCAUGACAAGCCACGCCCAACUGAAUUUGGAUGUGAUCCAGCAAGCAACCGCCCAAGACGGCGAUCUAGCCAGCCUGGCGUCCGGAUCCCUACUCCGCGAAGCGAUGCUAACGGGUCUUCAUCGGGAUCCAUGCAACUUUCCCAGAAUUUCCCCGUUCUGGGCCGAACUACGCAAACGCCUCUGGCUAACAGUCAUCGAGCUGGAGCUCCAAGCCUCUCUGUACAGCGGGAUACCAUUGGCAGUAUCAUGGGACGAAUUUGACAGCCCCUUGCCAUCUGACAUUGACGAUGAGGACAUUAUCAUCGACUCGCUCCAUCUACCUCCCUCGAGGCAAUCGAAUACCCUAACCAGAACAUCCUUCCAGAUUGCUCUAGCGCAGACACUAGAGACUCGAAUAGCUAUAUCCAAAAUGGUCAACCGGGUACGCCUGAGCGCGACUUACAACGAUGAAGUCACCACCCUCAGCGAACGCCUGACAACAGGACUGGCGCAGGCUCCAGCAGACCUCCGAGACGACACCAGUACAUCAACCUCACCUAACGACAGCAGCGUCAACACAGAGUUUCGCCGCUCAUUCUUCCUCUUCUUGCACUACCGCAGCCUCCUCGCCCUCCACCGACCCUUCUUCCUGCGCUUCACAGAAACCCAACUCGACCAGGAACCCUUCAUAAUCUCGCGACGAGUAUGCGUCCAGACCAGCCUAGCUUUGCUUUCUCAGCUAGAGCGCUUUCUACACCACCGCCCCAACAACAACCAGCCAUCAGCACCACUACCUAACAACAACAACCAAUUCUCCCCACACAUACACCACCUCAAAGGCGGGCUCUUCCGCGACGACCUCUUCCACGCGGCAGCAACAAUCUGCUUCGAGUUGCGCUUACAAACCAAAUCCCAUGACCGAGUAGUCGAUAUACCUUUUCCGGGGAGUAGUAGUAUCUCGAAGUACAUGGAUCAAAGCGUGUAUUACCAGCGGCUAGCGCUGUUCGAGAGCGUGGAGAACACGAUCAGGUAUUUUGAGGGGAAGGUGAGGGUGGAGAAGAGGGCGACGAAGAUGUUUAGUAUAUUGAUGAUUCUUUUUAUGGUGGUUAGGAGUGAGAUGGUAGCUGUUAAGGAUGGAAGUAUAGACGGGGGUGGGGGUGGGGAGACGGUGCCGUUGGGGGUUGAUGAUGCAUGUCCGGUUGCGUCGAGGAGGUGUAGGGAUGCGCUAUUGGAGGGAUAUCAAUGUCAGGAUGGGGAGAGAGGAAUCGGACGUGUUGGAGAGGGAGAGAGUGGUGGGGCAGAGUCUUCGCAAACGCAGGGUUUGGGUCCAAAUACAGCUGUAGAUGCGUGUCAUCAAAUGAAUGCCCUGCAGCCAAUGGCUUGGGACGAUGCUGCAGAUGGUGAUUUGAGACAUCUCGAUUUUGACUGGUGUUUCGCGCUUGAUCCGUUGUCGCCUUAUCCGAUGAAUGAUUGGGCGGGUUUGCAUCCUCUAAUGAUGUGA